UAGCCUAUGACUUCGGCCUGCGCAGAACAACGAGCGGAAAGUGCGAUAAAAAUUGUGUUAAAUUAAGAAAAAAUCUAUAAGCAUUUUCAAUAACAUCGGAAAUAUUUAUUAAAAAGCUAAAAAAUCUAUAGCGAAAAACUUGUAAAAAGGGGAAGCCGGAAAAUAUUAACAUUUGCAUAUUGAAUGAGUAAACCCAGUGGAGCGUGAGAAGUUUUUAUUUCUCGUCGCUGUUGCUUGACUUGUGUAUUUUUGUGCGUUUGUGCGGGCAGAUACAAACAUAAAUAUGUAUAUGCAUAUAUGCAUAUACAAUUAAAAUCUUCAAUACCAAUUAUAUAACAUUAGUGACGCGAAUUAAAUAAAGUACAUAAAAAAUAUCCGAAAUAUAGGUGAAGAAAUCCAAAUCUGUUUUACCAUAAGAGCAAGUACUAAUCAAUAGCAUAUCCCCAUACAUAUAUAUUGUGUAUCCAAGAAUAUAUGCAACUAAGUUAAUCCGGCGAUUUAUAUUUCAUAGUUUGGCCACAGUCAAAGUCUUAUAUACAAAAAGUAAAUAAAUAUGUAGCGGUUAUAUAGUGAAUAAAAGUGCAAUUGCCAAAUUUUAACUCAUUUAGAAUAAAGGAAAUAAUUAAUAAUUGAAUGCGAGUAUGGCCACGGUCAAUGCAAAUACUAUCAGUACCAGUUGCCAAAGCAUCGUCUCGGCUGGCGGCCCGAGCGCUGGCAGUUUGGGUACGAUUGUUAUUGGCGGCGAGACACCGGCCCAGCAACGUUCCACAACCCACUAUGUUAACGGUACUGGCAGUUUGGGCCGCCUCAAGUAUCACAAUAAGCACAAGAGUUUGGAUGCCAGUGAUGAGGAGCUCGACUAUUCACAGUUGUCACAAUCAACGCAUAUCAUUGGACGUGUUAGAUCGGAACGUUUUCUUGCAACGAAACCCGAUGAAGAUCGUCGUAGACGAACCAUUAUCAUUGAAAAGAAGAAUGACUCAUACGGCUUCACACUGCAGAGUUAUGGCAUACAUUAUAAGAAGGAUCAAGAAGUAGAAAUGAUUACAUACGUCGAUUAUGUGGAAUAUGAUGGACCGGCUUAUAAGGCUGGCAUGCGCGAAGGUGAUGUUAUACUCUCUAUAAACGGUAGUGAUAUGGAGAAAGCAGAUCAUAAGACAAUAGUCGAUUUUAUAAAGAGCUGUGAUACGCGAAUGCGUAUGGUUGUGCUUUUUGAAGACUGUGUGCGUAAGGUGGAUCUCCACAUGCGCUACAUACAAUUACAAAACUUACUGCACAGCAAAAUGAAUGAACUGGAACGAAUUUGUCUGCGAGAACGUGAACUACUAGAAGGCAAAUGGAAGACACAUAGCUUACCGGCGCGCAAAAAAGCCACCACGUCACCGACUGACGCCGAAAGCGGUACCUCGCCAACAGAUGGUGAAAAUUUACCAUACUAUCGUCCCGCACUUUCCACCGAAGAUGUUCCCAGCAUGGCAAGAUUUCAGUCACAACAGCAGGCCAUCAUACCGCCACCAGCACAAUUUACGCUCACCUAUCAUUACUUGGAUCCGACCUAUCGUUAUGUAAUGAAACCGGUCACAUCCAAUAGCAGCGGCGAACAUUUAGCUAGCUCCAGCGGUGGUGCUGAUGGUAUACAGCGUAGUCCAAGUGAUCAGCACUUCAUUUUACGUCAUACAGAAUCGCUUGACACGGCCACAGGCUUAGCAAACCUUUCGCAUCGUAGCAUCUUGAGUCAGCCACAGAGCGGAGCCAGUGCACAAGCACCAGUACCGCCACCGCGUACUUGUGAAAAACAUAAACCACCAAAUAAACAGCACUCAGUGGAACAACAGCAUUACCAACAAAAACAGCAGCACCAACAUCAACAAACCACAACGCCGAUUAUGGCACAAAAGACACACAAAUCCGCAAAACAUUGCUAUGGUCAUUCAUGCAAUCCCUGUAUCGGUCACUUUCGGUGGAAAUCGGCCGAAAAAGCAGCAGCUGCCGCGGCUGCAAUGGGUGGUGCUGGCGGUAUGACCGUCACUGGUGGAAAUGGAAAUGGUAAUGGAGACAAUAUCAGUUUAGAUGCGUAUGAUCUGGCAAGUCCGUGCUGUGAUGCGCAUUGCGUGCCAACGCGACGUCGUACACGUCAUAAGGAACACACACACAAACAUAAACAUCGUGAUCGUGAGCGUGAUUCCAAGGAACGUCAACCUAGGCCUAAGUCGCAGACUUCACACACCUCACCCGGUGUCACGCGUCAUCAUAUGCAUCAUCAUCACCAUCAUAACACACAGGACAUGUUGCAACAGCAACCACAGCAACAGCAGCUACAACAACAGCAGCAGCAACAUCAUCACCAUCAUCAUCUUUCACCACAACAACAACAGCAACAUCAACAUCUGAAACAGUCACAGCCACAACCACACGGUAAUUGCGAUUCUCACAAUGGCAGUAUGCGUUCCCGUUAUUAUGAUUUGACCACCGGUCUAAUGAGCCACUGCAGUCUGCAUUCUUGUACUUCGAGUGAAUUCGCGCCGGCGGACUCUACGUCUUACACCACGUCGCUGAGUACGGACACUUUGUAUUGGGACCCAAAGAGUGAGCACUCAGCAUCACGACAACACUCCACCAAAUCUCGCCAGUCUUACCAACAACACGCGCAACAACAUGCACAACAGUCACAACAACAGUCGCAAUCACAACACCAUCAACAGCAACAACAACCGACGGCGCACGUGCACGGCGUCUAUCAGCAACGUUAUCACAUUACUGCCACCCAAGUGCAACCUUCGCAGAUCUAUCCACAAGCCACUUACGUGCAAAAACCGAAGUCAUGGGAUAAUCUGACAACCAAAGCGGUAGGCGGUUAUGGCAUUGGUUAUGGCUACUUGGACACAGUGACCGUAAAACCAGCUAUGAAACUACAAAUCGCACAACAACGUCAUUCCAUACCACGUAAAAAUCCCUAUGGUCGCUAUUCCACUUACACUGAUGUCGAAAACUAUGCGCCACCGCCAUCACAAUUUGUCGAAGAACUUAUUACGACAACGACAACAACGAAGAUUAUGGCUAAAUCAACGGAAGAACUGAUUGCAGCACCGGUGCCGCAAACAACUUGUGAUUGUAUGACGAAGCAGCAGCAACAAGCUCUCAAAGCGGCCCAAUAUCAAAUUAAUCAGGCGGCAAAAGUUUCGCAUCAUAACAACUGUCAAAUGGGCUACUAUUCACAUUUACCACGCCCGACAUUGGACGCGGGCACUUCCACAGUGCAGACGACAACAACUGGUGUUUCGGGUGAUGUGGCGACGGUAUCCGAAGUGACACGAUUGUAGGCAACGCUCGUUUAGACCAAUCAAAUAGGAAAGCGAAAAUUGGUCUAAAUUAGAAUUGAUGACAUUGGAAAGCGUGAGCUAGUAGAUAGGAGGAACGGGGAUACAAAAGGUAUAUGCAGUAAAAAUCGGAGACACUAAACUUGGGAAGUUAUACAAGAUUUUCAAACGAAACUCUAGAGUUUUGGUUUAGGGCUAUGGACUUAAUAUCACCACAAGUUGGUAGGUUGUUUAAAAUUUUUCUCUCGGCAAGUGACCGAGUGAAAUUCCGAUAAUCGUCGGUAUAAAAAGGGACUAAAAAAUUAACUGCAGCUCGCAAGUAAAUUAAGUUGCUUACAACACUAUACCAAAUUUGUUGCUUAACAUCGCACUUAUUUAAGAUUUCAACUCAAAAUUUAGCACAGCUAAGUUACACAGAAGGAACCGUAAAUGCUUAUACUUCAAGCUGCUGUGAGUCAUUUGGUAAUAGUCAUGCCAUAAGUGCGCUCUAAGGAUUAUACGAUAAGGGAGCAUUUCGAUAGAACUAUAGAAAUUCAUGAAAUAAUCGUAUAAAAUAUUCUUUAGGAAAACCGAAAUGUAUGUAUCAAAUACCGCUGAGAUAUAAAAACUGUGCUGAGAAUUUUAUAUAAUAAACCAGUAGUACAUCAGUUCAGUUAGGAAUUAGGUUAGAUUAGAAUGCCAAAUCGUAAUUUUGAAAGAUAUAGAAACAGCUGAUUUUAAAAAUAAACUGCCUUGGUUGGGUAUAUUCCCACUAUGAAGAUUAUGCCAAAUUCCAUCUCGUACAAAGUUUUCUGCAUACUUACUGAAGGAAAAUUAUGUUUGAAGAAGGGUUUAAAAAGAAAAGUAAAAUGGGAAGUUAUGGCUAUGUUCAUUUCUAGUAACAUAUAUAAUCUAAGACAUUAAAAUCUUUAAUGAGACAAAAGAAACUAUAUAACGUACAGCCAAAUAUAUUGAUAUAUUAUAUUGCACAAUAUACUGAACUUUUACUCAUCCAUUACAUACAACGAUAUUAAAAGAAAACGAAACGUUACACGAGCCAGUUUUUAAGCAUUUUUAAACGACACUCUCGAACAAAUUUUUAGAAUGUAAAAAAAGACUCGAAAAGUAAACGAUGCAAUAACAAAUUUGUAGGAGUUUAUAUGUAUAUGCAUAUAGUGUUUAUGUAUGCCUGUAUAGAGUAGAGCCGUGCGCAGUUUUUUAAACCAACCAAAAAAAAAAAAUAAUAAUAAAAAUAGAGUUCCGAAACAGUUACUUUAAAGUUCAAACAGCCAAAUUAAAGAUAUAUGCCAUAAAAAAAAAAAACGAUUUCGUUUAUACAGUGAAGAAAAAAUAAUUUUUAUAGUUUUUUUAAAUCAUGGUAACUUAACUAUAUUUACAUACAUACUUAUGAAAUGUUAUAAAUAGUGCUCAUAUAUAACCAAAGAUAUAUUAAAUUUUAACGUAGAAAAACAAGAGUAACGAUAUAAGCUUGCACUAAACUGUGAAUAUGUUUUAAGUUUCAAAAACCAAAAAAUGUAUGUACAAUUUAAAUUAAUUUAAAAUAUCCCCUAUAUAUGUAUAUAUUUUAGCUCAUUAUAUUUUUUAUUGAAGACUGAAUUGCAUGCCCACCUUUAGGUAUAUGCCAGCUAAGCUUAGCAAUUUAGUUGCAACAAAUUUCACAAGAUUUAACGGAAUAAUUAAAGGCAAAUAAUUUUAUUUAAAUAAAUUGUGAUAUUACAUAGCACAUACUUAAAUAUUGUAUAACAUACUUGUAAAGUCUCUAUGACUAUGUGGCCAUAAAGGCGACAUGUUUUUCAUCUUAUGUCUGUAGCCGCAAUUUUUGCAUUUAGUUAACAAUAUUUAACAAGCACAAAAAUAUUUAUAAAACUAAGGAAUGAACAAAAUAUAUAAACACGCAUAUACUUACACAUAUGUUACGUAUGUACGUUCAUACAUACAAAGCGUAAGUUACGUAAUUAAAGCGCAUAUAUAAUAAUACUUUACAUUUUUUAUGAGUCACACAUCAUAGCUGUGAAGUACUUAUAUACAUACAGUAAAGAAUACAUAUGUGUUUAAAAUGAAUAAGUUGCUAAUAAUAAAUUCUGUUAAAUACAGGAAAAAAAUUUAUUCGUGUUUAGGAGCUAAAUAUCGCUAAUAUGUAUUUUUUUCAAAUCACUAUUGUACGAGUUGAAAAGAUAAGGAAACUGUUAAAAGAACCAAUAGAAAUAAUCUCUAGGAAAACUAAUGUAAAGACUAAUAACUAGAAGCUCUAUUAAGGAUUUGAUCGGAGACAUGUUGGUUUACGACAUCACCCGUCCAUGCGCUGACUACUCACUUUAUUUCAUAUCUAUAUGAGCGCGUUUUCCCAAAAGAAGUGGCACAAUUCUGACAACACUACAAAAGAUAUUUAAAAUCUGUAAUUUGUUGCUAAUUCACAAAACAACUAACUAUGUUUUGGCAGGAGCUUUUUUGGAAAAUAUAUAUUUUUUUAAUUUUUGCAGUUUUUUAUACUCUUGCAAAAUGUUUUGCCACAGAGUAUAAUAGGUAACUUAACCUACUCCCAACUCAAGACUCUCCCACGGAACCACCUGAUUAAGUAUUAUUUCGUGGGAGUGAUAAGACAUUUAAGUCUCCUCUAUAGUACGGACUGACGGACGUCUUUCCAUAUGGCUUAGUUUUGUCAUGAUUGAGGCUGCCGCUUCGCUGACAGCUUUGUAAUUCUCACUGGACUGACACAUAAGUGUCGUCAAGUUUUCCACCAUAAAACUACCACCGAGUGAAGUUUUAAGUUUUUCCCUUGUACUCGAAAAGCGAGGGCAAUAAAAGAAUACAUGCUCAGAGUCUUCUAUGCACUCUGUACACAUCGGACAGUUCGGACUAACAUCAAGAUGGAAUCUAUACAGGUAGCUUCUAAAGCACCCAUGUCCACUUAGUAUUUGGGCAAGGUGGAAAUCCAGGUCCCAUGUCGUCUGUCUAUCCACGGGUGGAUUUCCGGUAUAAGUCUGUGGGUCCACCGUCCUUUGAGCGAGAUUUGCCACCGCUGCUGCCAUAUUGAUAAGCUUUUGACUCUCUCUGCUCUUUUGGCUCCUAUAGACGACUCUGGUAACUUGUUUACUGGCUCGAAUUCGUCACCCUGGUUAUCAAUGGCAUCAUCAUACUGGCUAUUACUUCCGCAGCCUCGCUGGAUAUCGUUCGGAAAGCACUGAUUACUCUUAGUGCCGACAGCUUUAACGUUUAACGCCUGGAUCCAUAUUGGGGCCGCAUAUAAUACAACCGAUCUCAUUACCUUUGCGAGUAAAAAUCGCCGGCUGGAACGUAUGCAGCCUUUAUUUCCCAUCAUUCUUGAUAAGGCGUUGAGGAUUUUGCUUGCUUUACUAGAGGUGUAUUCUAAGUGCUCCUUAAAUUUAAGCUUUGAGUCUAUUAUUACUCCCAGAUACUUUAGUUGUGGCUGUGAUUGAAUCUCACACUCCCCUAUAGUGAGAGAUAUUCGUUCCUCCACUUUCCUAGUACUUACUAGCAAGACUUCUGUCUUGUGCUCAGCCAGAACUAAACUCCUUGAGGAGAACCAUUGCCGCAGACUAUUGACGCAUUCAUUGCAUUUGCUCCGGAGGUCAUCUAGCUGUUUAGCCACUGCUACCACUAUAAGAUCAUCUGCGUAUGCGAUUAAUUUCACGGAUACUGGUUGGUUUAUUCUUAGCACCCUAUCAUACAUCACGUUCCAUAGAAGUACCAUAGUACCGAGCCUUGCGGUACUAAACUCGAAAUAGCGUAGCUCUUGGUGCCUUCAUCAGUGUCAAAUAUUAGUUGCCUGUUUUCAAAAUAACUUAUAAUAAUGUUUACAAGAUAUUGAGAGCGCGUAUUUCAUACAGAGCCUUGAGUACAAUAGGUAUGUUCACCUAAGGGUUGUUUGUAUCACCUAAGAGUAAUCGAGGUUAUAUAUAACAUAUACAUAUAUACGGUGUACUGGUAUGAACUGAGUGCUAAGAUACAAAUGUGUUGGUAGGGAACAGUUUGGUUGGCAUGACAUCUGUCAAACAUAUUCAAUAACCUUACAGUCAUUGAAUAAACAACAUCAAAUUUUGAUUUGCGGUAAGCAUAAAUUUUUUGUUUCCAUUUGAAGAAAAGUGCUGCAGAGUCGCAUCGAAUGCUUGUCGAGGCAUAUGGUGAUCAUGCUCUGUCAGAAUCAACCUGCAAAAGAUGGUUUCAACUGUUCAGAGAUAAUGAUUUUGAUGUGAGAAAUGAAGAACGUGGAAGACCACCAAAAAAGUUUGCAAACGCCGAACUGCCAGCAAUAUUGGAUGAAGAUGACACACACAUGAAUUGAAUGAAAGACAAACGGAAAAUCGAAAAAACACUUGUGAAAUUUUGCUUCAAAGACACGAAAGAAAAUCAGUUUUUCGUCGAAUUGUCACUGGCGAUGAAAAAUGGAUUUAUUUUAAGAAUAUUAAACGGAGAAAAUCAUUGGUUAAUCCGGCACAACCAUCAACAUCGACUGCAAAAACAGAUCGAUUCGACAAGAAUACACCUGUACUUAAAGCAAAAUCGGUUCAGGAUACAAUCAAAGUACUUGGAAGCUGCUACCCCAACCGUCGUUUGCACCAGGCUUGGCAAUUUCCGACUACCAUUUGUUUUCAUCGAUGGGACACGCAUUGGUGGAGCAGCACUUCGAUUCCUACGCAGAAGUCGAAAAUUAGGUGUCUGAUUGGUUUGUUUCAACAGACGAACAUUUCUACAGACAUGGUGUCCAAAAAUUGCCAGAAGGUUGAAUAAAUUUGUUUACUUUAAUCGGAGAAAUACACGCCUACUUCCUAUAUAACACAACUUUAAAUUCCAUAUGAUUCUUUUCCACCAAUGAAUAUAUCGGGAUUGAACUUACGCAUUCUCUGGAGGUUAAUGAAUAUACCCUAGUAGCCUUCUUACACAUAGAGGGUGCUUUCAAUAACAUCUAGCCUAGGACCAUACUGAGCGGGCUUAAAGAUUUGGACAUCUCUGAAUCUCUCAGAAUAUUGAUUGAACAGAUGGUCACGAGCAGGACAAUUAUUACAACGCUUCAAGCUUCAACGAUGCGCCGGUAUCACAAUGGGCCUCCCUAAAGCCUUAGGUGCGUCGUCAGAUAGCCACACUACCUACCCUAUCUUUUAGCGUAUAUAUAUUUAUGUAGGGCAAUAUGUAAUAGUAUGUUCGCACCGAAUUGAAAUCCUCUUGAAAACACAUUAAUAUUAAUAGUAGAUAUGCUAUAGAUAUGCUAUAGUUUUAUACCGGAUAUAUGUGAAAUUAGCCUACGAAUUACUCCAACUCCCAUAUACUGCAUGUAAUGAUCUUCGUUAUUCUAAUAAACCCUAUGCUGAAUAUGUCGAUCAGUGUACAUAUGAGUUAUAUAUCUAUAAAUAUGUUCUCGAGUAUAUCUGAGCAAUUCUAAAGGUUAAUGCAAGAAACUCAGACCUAUCUUUGCCCCAAUAUAUCCUGUAUAGUGAUCUCCGAUUUUUCAGCAGACUUUAAACCAUUUAGUUUGGUCAAAAUGUUUGAUAUUUUCAUGAAAUUAAGUGAACAAGUUUGUGCGGCUUGGAGUGAUUGGAGUUGGCCUAGACUUAUGUCAAAACCUCAUAUCCGAUCCUCUAGUAGAGGUUUACCACAUAAACAUAAUACAAGUAUAUUAAAUUUAGCCUUUCGCUUGAGUUUAUAUCACAUCAGUGGAAGAUGAUUUUAUUAUAAUUUUAGCUGAGGCGAAGUAAAAUAUAGCAAUAAAACUAAGUAUGUCUAUGGCUCAUAAUGUAACUUUAUAAAAUAUUAAAUUUGUUUGUAAUCCAUUCACGAUUUCGAAUAGUGACAGUUUAAUUCUUUCGCGACAUUGCAUCCUGAACAGCGUCCAGGGCUACGAAGUUUGUAGUUUUUGAGAUAUCGAUCUGAAAUUUUGCACACGUCCUCUCUCCUCAAGAAGUUCCGCAUUUGCCGAUAUCGGACCACUAUGGCAUAUAGCUGCAUUACAAACUGAACGAUCGGAAUCAUGUGCUUGUGUGGAAAACUAUUUGACUAGAUAUCUUCUCGAAAUUUAGCAAAUAUUAUUGUCCAGGGGAGCAUAUAGCUGCCAUACAAAUUAACCGUUCAAAAUCAAGUUCCUACAAGGAAUAUUUUGUAUUUGUGAAGGGCUUCGGUGCAAUCCAAGUUAACAUUUUUUUAAGGAUAUAUAUUUUAGAGGGUCUCCGACUCUUCGUUUUGGGUAUUACAAACCACGAACUUAAUAUACCCUGCUUAGGUUAUAAAUAUUAAAAACAGAUUAUAAAAAAAAUUUAAAAACAAUGUACUACUUUUAUAUUUUCAAUCAAGA